GAGAAAACUUAUAGAUACAAGUUGCCUUUCUGAUUACUGAUCAGAAUGAGUUCUCGAAAUGAACAAACGGGCUGCCGUGGUUCUCUUGCUCGUGAUCGGAGCGACAUCAGGUUAUUUUAGUAAUGAUGAAAAACUGGAGGAAUGCGCAAAGAAGGAGGGAGUAACCACAAACAUAUUGAUAAGCCAUCCUAACGAUAUGAAAAUCAAAUGUUUUUAUCAUUGUUAUUUUGAAAUGACGAAGGUAAUUUUAAAUGGAAAGGUCGAAAUACAUGGAAUCAAGAAUUCAGAACCAUGCCUGGAAUUAAAAGAUAGCAACAAAUGUGAGCUCGGCUUUAAGCUAAGUAACUGUUUGCGAACGAACCUGAAGGAAUAUGAAUGGAGGCAAUUUUUUUAAAUAUGUUCUCCCAGAAGCUACUAAAUAUUCUGGUAAAUAUUUUGUAAAAAAAAUAAAAUAGUAAAUAUAAACUACUGAACGUUCUAGACUAAUAAAAUAAUAAUUCAAGCCUUCACUUAGCGCCCCUCAGUCUUCUCCCACCCGAUUUCACAAUACGCUAAUCAAACAUUUUCAAUGCCCACUAAUAAAUUCGUCAUGUAGCAUUAGGAAGACCAAACAAAA